GGUGAGAUCUAAAGACUUUGCUAGCUGACUGCCACAUCCAGGGCUGUAGGGAUGGCUACUUUAGCCUUCCUCCUUUUUGGACUGAUUUCGUUCUUGGAUCCUGUGUUUGGCGCAAGUUGUUCUAGCUCUGAUAAAUGUUUAUCCACAAAAUACACUCUGGCGACUUGUGAUAAGGACUCAAAAAACUGCAGCUGUUCCUCUGUUUACCCCGGCUACAAGCCUAUUCGAUCAGGAUGUGGAAGAAACUUGUACACACCAACUCUUAAGCCAUUGGCUCCUUUCAGCACAGAGAUGAUACCUGGUAAGGAAGCUGUUCUGAUCUGCUCCUCUGAUGAUGGUGCCACGUUGUUUGAGUGGAUGAAAGAUGGCCUUCUAUUUAAAAAUGUGACUACCAGCAUGUACACUAUCACAGCUGCCAGUGUUAAAGAUACUGGAACUUAUAAGUGCAAAGCAAAACUUAACACAGAUAGUUACUUUCAGUCACUUGAAAGUGAGGGCCUCACUAUGACAUUGAUAACUAUAUUGGAUACACCCCAGCCUCCAGUGGUUCUUGUUCAUCCUACAGAAAUAUUUCCAGGUAAAAAUGCUAAUUUGGACUGCUCAAAUUUGCCUAAUGGCUUUAACAAGAGCAAGGUCAUCUUCCUGAAUGGUGAUUCAGUCCCAAUAACUACUCCUCUAAGAAUGACAUCUUUACUAUCAGAGACUUUUGUAAAGUGUGUAUUAACGGAUGCAACACUCUUUACUGGGACGGUUUCAAGUGGUGUACAGAAGUUACCAAAAGUUGUCAGUAGAAUUAUAGGUGUUGGAAUAAGUACAACUGCUGUAAGAAACGAGGUGUACACAGUUCUCGAGAAAGUACCAUUAGCUUGUAUGACAAGCCCUGAGCCAGCUUAUGUCGACACUACAUCUACUGCACUUCAUUUUGGAUGGAUGAUUAAUUCAACAGUUGUCAAUGGCCAAAAUGAGCAGACAUUGAAUUUACCACUAACAGAAGGGGUUUAUACCAUAACAUGUUUUGCUACUUAUGAUGGCACAGCAUUAAGCUCUCCUGCAAUAACAAUAACCCGAAGCAGUAGCUAUUUCACUAAGCCUGCCAUCAGUCCGAAUCCUACAAUCCCUGUGUUGGGGAGUCUGCUGACUUUGGCAUGCAAAUCUUCAUACGAAGGAGAAUACUCAUGGAAAAAAGGAACUGUUUCUAUUCCUCGCCAAUUUGAUGAUAUAUUACAGAUGGAUAACUUAACAGCUGCUGAUUUUGCAAUCUAUACUUGCAGUAUCAAGAGAAGCACAGUGAUCAUGACCUCAGAUUCCUUUGCAGUAAAUAUACCUGACAUAGGUAACAGAAAUAAUAAUACUGAAAGUUAUUCAGGAGAACAAAGUACAGUCAAGGGUCUUCAGCUAUCUGACUACACAACGCCGGCUAACAUUGCUGGUAAUGAAAAAGAGAGAACAUCCCCGACCACAACAGUAAUUCCAUACAACGGUCAAGUGAUUUCGAUGGGCUCAGUACUGAUCACAGGAUUGAUGUUCCUGUCUUCAAGGCUUUUGCUUUAAACCUAUUGCUGAGGAAAGCCUUGACAAAGUUUGAUUAUAUUUAAGUGAAAUCAAUUAUCACAGACUUUACUGCAUUAAGAUUCAAAACAAUUUUCCAAACUAAACAACUGUAUUCAACACGAAACGAAAACAAGAAUGAAUUUUCUUUGCUAAUUUGAAUGUAAUUUUUUUAAUGUUCAAAAAUAUUUGGAUUAGUUUAACUCAAUACCGGUAAUUAACAAUGGUAGUAUUUGCUAACUCUCUAAAACUGAUAGAUUAGAAAAUAAUAUCUCCUAUAAUACAUUGCAUGACUUGUAUCUUUUAUAAAGAAAUAUGGCAAAUUUUGCUGUAAUGCCAUAAGCAUUCCGUCCAUCAUAAUAUUUUUUUGUUCAGGCUGAUGCACAAUUUUUUUUUAUUGUUAAGGUACAUUAAUUAUAAAAUGAUGGCAAAAUUUUCUUUUGAGUAUAUUUACAAUUCAAAUUUUUGUUUUAUAACUUUAGGCUUUUAAAAUUUUUUCCCUGUGAUAAAACACAUAUUUGUAUAUUAUGUAUGUAAAAUGAUUCUAAUGUAUUUUUUUUCUUAAGUAGAAAGGUUGAGCUAAUCAUUCUAUUACUGUGCGCAUGUUGAGAGUUCAGUUCUGCUGAAAAAUGUUACAAUGAAAAUGUCAUUUUAGAUGUAACUUAAGACAUUUUUUUAAAGCCCUGAUGUUGUGAGAGGAAAGUUCUAGUCUUCCUACCAAAUGAUGUCACUCAUAGCAUGUCUAGACCAUUUCUGAAUAUGUUCCAAACUUCGUAGUUCAAUUCAGUUUUACGUAAAACCUUGUUUUGGAAAGCAACACUUUUCAACAGAAAAAAAAUCAAAGCCCAAAAAAAAAAUUUGUGGAAGAACAGGGUAAAUAUGCUAAAUUCAUAAAGGCUAACACUUUUAGAUGUCGUAAAUGCUGUGAUGGAAUAUCGGAUAUACAUAAUUUUUUUCAACUGUAGAUUAUUUUAUUGACUUGUAAGUAGGUAUGGUAUAUAUGUCUGCACAUAUUGACAAAAUGUUUUGUAUCUCCCUGGUAGUCAGAUGUCUUUCUAUAAGCCUUGCAAUCAAAACCUUUGUAAAAUAUUCCAUAAAAAAACUCUAUGUUAACUACAAAAACAAUAAUAUUUUAAACAAAAGCUGAGUUAUUCCUUUUUAACAAUGUU